AUGUCUGUGUCGGCGAUAGCUGAGGAUGGCAAGAUUGGCGUCGAGAUCAAGCGGAGCGAUUUCAUGAUAAAAUCCAAUGUCACAUCGAGUUCGGUAAUCAAUGCCGCCAUUGAGCGCUACCAGUACUUGAUUGAGCACGAGUACUACGAAUCGCCAAUCGACCGCGAUUCUGGGACGCUGAAAACCAUGGGCAGCAUCUAUUCACUCGAGUCAUACACGCUUGAUGUACCAGCCGACGGCAAGGCAUGUAUAGUCGCAAAGACCCCAUUCGGCGCAGUACGUGCGCUUGAGACGUUCUCGCAGCUGGUGACUGCUAAUUCCGGUCGCAAGGUUAUCCGCAAUGCACCUGUGAAGAUCUCGGACACGCCAAAAUUCUCCCAUCGCGGUAUUCUGCUCGACACAUCACGCAACUUUUUCCAUGUCGACGCAAUCCUGCGUACCCUCGAUGCAAUGGCAUACAACAAGCUCAACGUCCUGCACUGGCAUGUAGUUGAUGCCUUUUCGUGGCCAAUUGAGUCCAAGAUCCACCCGGAACUGACCGAGAAGGGCGCGUACACCUUGGACAUGAGAUACUCAUACGAAGACGUCAAAAAGAUCAUCACCUACGCCAAAAACCGUGCUGUCCGCAUCAUCCCUGAAUUUGACAUGCCUGGCCACACCUACAUUAUUGGCGAGUCGCACCCAGAGCUCAUGGCCUGCAUGAACAAGCAGCCAAACUGGGACAAGUACACGGCGGAGCCACCCAGUGGCCAGCUUAACAUUGCCGAUCCGCGCGCUAUCUCGUUUGCAUUUGAUAUUAUGGCCGAGUACAGCCGUCUGUUCGUCGAUCUCCAGUACCACAUGGGUGGUGGUGCGCUAAACCUGGACUGCUUCGGAGAGGAGCCGACCAUUGAAAUGUACGUGCGUGAUCACCCAGGCGAGAGCGUCGACUCACUUAUUGUCGGGUGGAGCACGCAGAUGGCCAACAAGCUCGAUGACCUGGGAAAGAUCCCUAUGGUUUGGGAGGACACCAUCUUGAGCCACAACUUCACAGCGCGCAAUACCACCAUUGUGCAGGCAUGGAUCAAUGAGGACUCUGUUGGAAAGAUCGUCGAUCGUGGGUACCGUGCCGUUGCCUCUCCCUGGAACAAGUACUAUCUCGAUUGCGGCCACGGCUCCUGGCUGUCAGAUUUUGGUGGCACGUCCUGGUGCGAUCCGUACAAGGGCUGGCAGACCAUCUACACAUAUGACCCAUUGGCCAACAUUACCGACCCCAUCAAGCAGAAGCUGGUUCUAGGAGGCGAAGUAGCGCUAUUCUCUUCCCAGUCGGAUGAAACCACCAUCGAUCGCAAUUUGUGGCCGCGCGCUUCAGCCUUCGCCGAGGUGAUGUGGACCGGCAACAUUGACCCACGCUUCCGCAUGGUUGCACGUGGCAUUAUGGCCGAACCGCUGCAGCCGCUGUGGUGUUUUUUGGACCACAUCUUCCAAAGAGAAAAGACGCUUAGAAAAUUCCUCGACGCGCUUCACUCGGACGGCCUAGUUGCACAAGAGGCUCGGCUCGGCAACGCGCACAAGCAGCUGUACGGGAUGGACGAAGGAACCGACACAUAUGUUCCCACGUCUGGCGCUGGCGACUCGAAAGUAUCUACCAGUCGGGUACGACCAGAAAACACAGCCACAUACUUUACAUACAACAAUUCGUAUUCGCAACAGCAGGAUAAUGCUUCUGGUGCUCAGUUCUCGCGGGUGGACGACGACUACAUAUUCGAGUCCGGAGCACGAGCUCGCGUAUAG